AUAGCCCUGACGUAGACGCACAACGGGCAGCUAAGAGAAGGCGAAAACAAUGAACGCCAGAAAACAACUCGCGGAAGGUGAGCGCUGCUGUUUUUAGAAAAUUAGUCUCAGUGAUCACUCUUACUCUCAAAUGACACCAAAGCAAAAAAGUUUCACUCUCCGGAGCGAAUGGGUGACUACCAGUCUCGGCGGCUUCGUGUGAGGAGGAGAUGAUGAAGAAUUACAGCAACAGCCCCCGCCGCAAAAGUCAGACCCCGAACCACACGAGAGAUCGGAACAACAAGAAGAGCAAUCUGCUUUCUUUGGUUUUACUGAGAUCCUCACUCCGCGGUUAUGGUUUUUGCAUGACCGCGCUGCUCCUCUUCUGCCUGGGUUCACUCUUCUAUCAGUUAAACGGAGGACCUCCUAAAAUUCUUUUGGAUAUCCGGCAAUACCUCGGCCAGUCUACUUUUGCUGAUGACCAUGGACCCCAAGCCCCAAGAGUCCUGCCGUUCCCGAGUCAGGUAGUGUACAACCGGGUGGGGAAGUGCGGGAGCCGCACCGUCGUGCUGCUGCUUCGGAUCCUGACAGAGAGACACAGCUUCACCCUCGUCUCCUCCGACAUCCACAACAAGACCCGGCUCACCAAACAUGAGCAGGUGGACCUGAUGAGGAACAUCAGCAACAUCCCCCAGCCCUUCCUGUUCACACGACACGUGCACUUCCUCAACUUCACCAGGUUCAGGAUAGAGCAGCCGGUCUACAUCAACAUCAUCCGCGACCCCAUCAACCGCUUCCUCUCCAACUACUUCUUCCGCCGCUUCGGGGACUGGCGCGGGGAGCAGAACCACCUGAUCCGCACGCCGGGCAUGAAGGACGAGGAGCGCUACCUGGACAUUAAUGUCUGCAUCCUGGAGAAUUACCCAGAAUGCUCCAACCCCCGACUCUUCUACAUCAUCCCGUAUUUCUGUGGACAGCACCCCCAGUGCAGGGAGCCGGGAGAGUGGGCACUGCAGCGGGCUAAGCAGAAUGUUCUGGAAAGCUACCUGCUGGUGGGGAUCCUGGAGGAGCUGGAGGACGUGCUGCUGCUGCUGGAGCGUCUGCUGCCGCACUUCUUCAGCGACGUCCUCAGCAUCUACAAGAGCCCCGAGUAUAAGAAGCUGGGCAACAUGACGGGCACCGUGCGGAAGCACACGCCCUCCCUGGAGGCCCUGCAGGUGCUCUACCAGCGCAUGAAGUACGAGUACGACUUCUACGCCUUCGUCAGGGACCAGUUCCACCUCCUGAAGAGGAAAAUCGGCCUCAGGUCCGUGUCCCGGCCCCCGCACCGCCCCAGAUUCCCGCCGAACACACCCCUCAAGACCCAGGAGCCUGUGGAGGAAGAGGAGGAGGAAGAGGAGGACGAGGAUGAGGAAGACACCCACAGCUGGCUGAUACAGCCGUGACUGUUACAUCAGAGGAA